AUGCAGGACCAGGCGAGCGGGAGAGGCGCUGGCGGCAACGGGACUUCAAGCUACGCCGACUCCCUCACAUGGACCAGGCGAGCAGGAGCGGCGCUGGCGGCAACGGGACUUCAAGCUACGCCGACUCCCUCACAUGGUAAGGACCAGGCGAGCGGGAGCGGCGCUGGCGGCAACGGGACUUCAAGCUACGCCGAACCUUACAUGGACCAGGCGAGCGGGAGCGGCGCUGGCGGCAACGGGACUUCAAGCUACGCCGAACCUUACAUGGACCAGGCGAGCGGGAGCGGCGCUGGCGGCAACGGGACUUCAAGCUACGCCGACUCCCUCACAUGGACCAGGCGAGCGGGAGCGGCGCUGGCGGCAACGGGACUUCAAGCUACGCCGACUCCCUCGCAUGGACCAGGGGAGCGGGAGCGGCGCUGGCGGCAACGGGACUUCAAGCUACGCCGACUCCCUCACAUGGACCAGGCGAGCAGGAGCGGCGCUGGCGGCAACGGGACUUCAAGCUACGCCGACUCCCUCACAUGGACCAGGCGAGCGGGAGCGGCGCUGGCGGCAACGGGACUUCAAGCUACGCCGACUCCCUCACAUGGACCAGGCGAGCGGGAGCGGCGCUGGCGGCAACGGGACUUCAAGCUAUGCCGAAUCCCUCGCAUGGACCAGGCGAGCGGGAGAGGCGCUGGCGGCAACGGGACUUCAAGCUACGCCGACUCCCUCACAUGGACCAGGCGAGCGGGAGCGGCGCUGGCGGCAACGGGACUUCAAGCUACGCCGACUCCCUCGCAUGGACCAGGGGAGCGGGAGCGGCGCUGGCGGCAACGGGACUUCAAGCUACGCCGACUCCCUCACAUGGACCAGGCGAGCGGGAGCGGCGCUGGCGGCAACGGGACUUCAAGCUACGCCGAACUCCCUCACAUGGACCAGGCGAGCGGGAGCGGCGCUGGCGGCAACGGGACUUCAAGCUACGCCGAACCUUACAUGGACCAGGCGAGCGGGAGCGGCGCUGGCGGCAACGGGACUUCAAGCUACGCCGACUCCCUCACAUGGGCCAGGCGAGCGGGAGCGGCGCUGGCGGCAACGGGACUUCAAGCUACGCCGACUCCCUCACAUGCGCAGGACGACCGGGAGCGGGAGCAAACGGCGCUGUCGGCGGCGACAAGGGAGGUCAACGCGGACUCCCUCACUCGUGUAUGUGGCCAGCGCGCGUCCCUCGUCCCUCCCUCCAUGUUCGCCUGCUCCCUCCGCUAUCGCACGCGCGCCUGCACCUGGUUCCCCCACUCCUAUUACCCAACGGCCCCUAGUCCCCCUUUCCCCCUCUCCCCCUACUCCCCCUCUCCCCCCACUCCCCUUUCCCCCCUCUCCCCCUUCUCCCCCUUUCCCCCUCUCCCCCUCUUCCCCUCUUCCCCUUCCCCCCACCUCCCCCCUUUCCGCCCGCAUCCGCCCCCAGCCACGGCGCCAUCCGCGCGGUACCUCGCAACAGGCCUGUACCUCGCAAUGGGGAAUCGCUGGGAGCAGCUGAGCAAGGCGCGCCUCCACCUGGGGGAAGCCAUGGCUCUGCCGCGCCACUGGGGGCGCACGUGUCCGCAGCAGCCGCAUUGGCGGCAACCUGCCACGUGGCAUGCUCUGCUCUGCUUCCCGCGUGCGCAUUCUUUGCCACAUCGGUGGCAGCAGAAGCAGAAGCAGCAUCUGCAGCCCAAGGUCCCAGCACCCAGCGCAGCAGGGCACAGGCAGAGCACAGAGAGCGGGGCAGAGGAGGCAGGAGAAGGCUUUUCACAUCCCCCUCCGCUCUCCCCUCAUCUUCCCACCGCACCCCUCACUGCCCUUCAUCUCACCCCUUAUUUCUCUCCUCCCCCCCAACUCCCCGUUCACUCAAACCCCAUCUCCCCCUUCCCCUCUUUCCCCCAUCCCCUCCCCCUCUCCAUCCAUUCAGCCGUGGUCUCUCUCCUCCCCCCCUCCUUCCUCCCCCCGUUUACCUCCUCUCUCCCCUCCCCUCUCCGUUCCUUCUAA